AUGACUCUUGUAACACAUGCGGGCCACGCCUUGCAGGCAACGCCAGUCUCAGGCUCGUUGCUUACGGCGAAACGCAAGAGUAAGGAGCGCUUUGGAAUUGCCUUUGGGGAGUUCGAAAUCUACGACGCAGCGAAUGACAAGAAGAUCCCUGGCACCUUUCGUGCGGACGAGGAGUCAUUUAGACCGACGAAUGACAUACAGAUUGAUGUCCUCUAUCACUGGCUGCGGAAAAUCCACACAUUCUUCCUCAAUGCUUUCAGUUUCAAGUUCUUUGAUGGGAAGGGCAAUUCGAUACAGGUCAGCAUACAUUAUGGAGUGAAAUGCAUGAAUGCGUACUGGAAGAAUGGCACAGUUGUUCUUGGAGAUGGGGACAGCUUUGGUCUCUACGAUUUCUGGACAGCAGAUGACAUUAUCGCCCACGAGAUCACUCACGGCAUCAUUGCGCACACUAGCGGCUUGAAGAAUCGCGACGAGACUGGCGCACUUAAUGAGCAUCUUGCAGAUGUGUUCGCUAUUUUUUACAAGCAAUAUCAGCAGAGUCGCGAUAGUGAUGCUGCCACGUCAACAUGGAUUGUUGGGGAGAAAUUAUUUGUCGGUUCUCAACUGGACCGCCCGAAGCCGACACCAGCACCGGCAGGCUUCCCAAAAAAUAUUUCUUAUAUCAUUCAUGGCAAUGAGAACAGUCCGUCAGGUUGCUACGUGGUCACGGAUCCAAACAGGCCUUUCUCUCAGCAUUGGCAUAAGCCACACUUGCGCAAUUUUGAGGAACCUGGAACGUCCAACCCGCCCCAGCCUUAUCACUGGAGUGACAGGAAGACAGUGGCGUACGAUAGGGGUGGCGUACAUCAGAACUCCGGCAUUCCAAAUUUCGCUUUCUAUAGGGCUGCGAUUGAGGCUCGUGGGCCUGCAUGGUCAGGCGUUGGCCAGGUCUGGUUCCGUGCCAUGCUGGACCCGAAUCUAGACGCAGAUUGCACAUUCAAUAUGUUUGCUGCCCUUACAUUGCAGCAUGCGGCUGAAUUUGACACGAAAUUGAUAGAGCCAAUCUGCAAGGGAUGGUCCAAAGUGGGAGUUGCUCUGAAAUCUUAA